AUGCUGGCUAGCAUCAUACUGGAUCAGUCAUUCCCGCAUUACACGAAUUUGGACUACAUAUCUGGAAGAGUAUUCGUACGCACGCAGACUGCGACGACAGUUUCUAGUAUUGUAGUAAAGCUUGAGGGGGAGUCCAGAACAAGAUUGCUGGCACCACCGAACCCCUCAAACGAUAGGCAGAAACCUCAGUUAGAAUUUCAUAAGAUUCUCUAUAAGACCUUAGCAGUAUUCCCUCCUCCAGAACUUGCAGGGCAAAGUGGCUCAGCAUCAACAUCUGGCAAAACAGCAUAUACGCUGGCAGCAGGGCAGCAUGAAUACCCUUUCAGAUUCAAGUUUCCCUUCAACAAUGCGUGUAACCCAUCAUCCAACUCUAACCCUACUAUAAGUUUGUUCGGUGGGCUCAAUGUAGAGGUGUACAAAUCGCCGCACAGCCAUGUGAAGAAAACAUUACCACCAACACUAGUAGGAUUCCCUGGAGAAGCUGAGAUCCGCUAUUAUGUCAAGGCGACUGUGAACCGGCCUAGUCUCUUCAAAGAGAAUGCUCGGGCCUACGUGCCAUUCAACUUCUGUCCUAUCGAGCCGCCACGUCCACCACCAUCAGAUGCGUUGGGUUAUGCACGACGCCGACACCAGUUCAACAUCAACAUUGAAUCUACGUCGGGAAGCACAACACCCACAGCCCCGUUCAUAGCCAUCGAUCUACGUUUACCAGAGCCUGCAAUUCUGACUUGUGCCAAACCGGUACCUGCGCGUAUCGUAGUCACAAGCUUGAACGGCAAAACCGCUGGUUUGACACUUCUAUCAUUGCAGCUCGAGGUCGUGGCUAUCACAAAAAUUCGGGCGCAAGAUGUUGGCAGAGUUGAGCGCAGCAGCACGGUACUUUUCUCUCGUAGCGGUAUGGCUGUCCCACUUCAGUUCGGCGACAGCGCAGCCAGAGAUGCAAUCGCACCCAAUGGCGGAGAGAUCGAAACAGAGGCUGAGGUUGACUCUCGAUACUGGAGCGAUACACCUUUGCCGAAUAUCGUGCCACCCAGUUUUGAGACAUGCAACAUCACUCGCGCAUACGAGGUCUUUGCACGCGUCGGCAUUCGCUAUGAUGGCACUGCGUCAAUGCCUCAAACAACCACUAUAGACCUUCGUCUGCCCGUUCAGAUAUUCUCGGGCAUCGCACCGCCUCCUGAGCUUCUCGAAGCAAUGGCAAGGGCUCAAGCUCAGGGUACAAGUGGAGGUCCUUCUUCUGCACCACCAAUGCCACCUCGACCCAACUAUCCGGCAGACACAAAGACUGCAUCCGGAGCACCACCACUUCCUGCCCGCAAACCACCACCUUAUGGUGACGCGCCGCCUAGCUACGAAGACGCGAUGGCUAUGGAUAUGCAACCCGUAAGCGGCAUUCAAAGAGCCGAGUAUGCGCCACCUGUCGUGGCCGAAGAUCCCUUGUUGAACUCUGGCAGAGGCGAGAAAAGUGGUUGGCAUUAG